AUGUACGGCGCUUUACAGGAAGUUAGAUUGAUAGCAGGACCUCACGGCUAUUUAUCGCAAUGUCCACAGCUUGAUUCGUCUUGCCCAACGUGUGGUCAGUUUUCUAUACUACAGAACACAGUUGAAGAAUUGUUACAUAAUUUAAACGUAUUGACUAUUAGGUUAGCUGCUGCAGAGUGUAGAGUAUCGAAAUUGGAAGAGUGUGAGUGUCAAAAGUCUUGUAGGGCAAAUGGAACAGUUCACGAUGACGGUGCUACAUGGGAAAAAGGAUGUCAGCAGUGUUCCUGUGUACAUGGGGAUAUUAAAUGUAGACCAACGCCUUGUGCUCCAAUAGCCUGCAAGAAUCCGGUCGUGCCUCAAGGGCAAUGCUGCCCAGUAUGUCUAAAACAGUGCUAUUUACACGGUGUGAUAUAUGACCACGGCGAGAGGGUAUCACCAAAGCAGUGUGUUGAAUGUGAUUGUUAUGACGGUAGUUUUACUUGUCAAAGGUUUGACACUGAAACCAAAUGCCCAACAUUGCCUUGUCCAUUGAGCGACCAGAUCAGCGUUGCUGAGGAAUGCUGCAAAUUUUGCCCAGGGGUGGAUUACUGCUCUAAGGGCCACAAAUGCCACUCAAAUGCCUCUUGCCUGAACCUCCAGACGACUUACGCCUGCCACUGUGAUAUCGGGUUCCAAGGGGAUGGCCAUAUCUGUCACGAUGUCGAUGAAUGCAAGCAAGAGGGCGGUUCGGAUGGUCAUCACUGCAAUGCGUAUACUCAGUGUGUCAAUACCCUCGGAUCCUACACAUGUGAAUGUCUUCCGGGAUAUCAUAGAUUAGACAAGUUUAAUUGUGCGGAAUUAGACGAGUGUGCAACGGGUCGCCAUUCUUGCCAUGAACACGCAACAUGCGUAAACACAGCUGGAAGUUAUCACUGUAUUUGUACAGGUGGAUAUUCCGGAGACGGCUAUAUCUGCAAACCGAUUUGUAAUCAAACUUGUCAAAAUGGUGGUGAAUGCGUGACACCUGGAAGAUGUUCCUGUCGCCGUGGUUAUAUUGGCAAUAGCUGCGAAUUAGAUUUAGAUGAGUGUUCCAGCGAUUUGCACAGAUGUCACACAUCUUCAAUAUGUUUCAAUAUGCCAGGCUGGUAUUACUGUCGGUGUAAACCUGGCUAUAGAAGUGCUUUUCAUGACAGUACUCAAGGUACUCAAUGUUUAGAUAUCGAUGAGUGCAGUGAUCAGACCAUUGAGCGGAGGCACACCUGUCAUCCUAGUGCCAAAUGUGUGAACAACGAAGGAGGGUUUCAGUGUACUUGCCCACAAACUCAGGAUCAAGAAGUUGAAGAAUGUAGACUUAGUUGUUGGUUUGAAGAAAGGGAAGUUGGUAAUGGUGAAAUUAUGGUACCCGUCGGCAAUCCUUGCCAAAGAUGUACAUGUAAGGACGGCGUUAUUACAUGCAGGGAGCCCACUUGUGACUGCUCAAUCCCUAAAAUUGAUCGAGAUAAAUGUUGCCCACAAUGCGAUCCCGCAGCUUCUUGUAGGCAUCAAGAACUUCGCCAUCUUGUCUUUAGAAGUGGAGAGCGUUGGAUAUAUCAGUGUCAAACAUGCGAGUGCUUGUACGGUGAAAUAGACUGCUGGCAGAUGGAGUGUCCACCAGUUUCCUGUUUUAAUCCGGUGACAGAGGAUGGAGAUUGUUGUCCAAGAUGUGAGGAUGAUCCAUGUGCUAGAGAAAUAUCCAUAAACGACAGCAGCGUUGCAAUUUCCAGUCAACCUCAACCCUGCAGUUAUUCGGAAAUCAUGCAUGACAUUGGAAGCUCAUGGCAGGACCCCUACGACAAGUGCACGACAUGUGACUGCAAGGAUACCCGCAGAGCCAUCACCAGCACUGUUGUUAAGAGGUGGACUAUCGGCCCAAAAUUGACCAGUGGUCCAGGUGAACUUUCUCGUAGCGAUCCAGAAGGACCUUCUAGAUUUGGUCCAGGAGGACCUUGCUGAGCUACCCACGAUUGUCGAUCCCAUGCUGGCGGAUACGGUGAGGUGGGCACGUGAGUUUCUUCGGUCCUCAAGUUGUAUCGGCACAGGUCAUGAAUGGGAGGACUGCCUUUAAAAAGAUAAAAUUAUUCUGCACGCUAUGUGGGUGUGGUGGGUCCAUACUCGUGACUGUGGUUGCUCCUUAUGAGCCUCUUGGCAAGAGGACAUGCCAUAAGACGUGCUAGGGAACAAUCUUAGUUAUAAACCAUGACUUUUCGCCAGGGGCAGUCUUUUUUUUAUUCCUUUCAUUUCUCUUGCCCUCUCCUUUUGUCAUGGAAUAUUUUUCUUUUUGUUUUGCGUUUAUUUUUUUUAGGUUGCGACUGUCGCAGGUUUAUGU